AUGAAUUAUUCGCUUUUUGUUUAUUUGUUUUUUAUUUGUAAUAUUAGUAAUGAUUUACACACAAAAACCAUGAUAAAAGGGCAUAACACGGUCAAAGGAAUAUGUGAUGGUCUAAUUUCGAAUAAAUACACACAAAAAACCAUGUUAAAAGGGCGCAACACGAUUAUCCACGUUUAUGAUGGUCUAAUUUCGAAUAAAUACACACAAAUAACCAUGUUGAAAGGGCGCAACACGAUUAUCCGCGUUUGUAAUGGUCUAAUUUCGAAUAAAUACACACAAAAAACCAUGUUAAGAGGGCGCAACACGAUUAUCCACGUUUAUGAUGGUCUAAUUUCGAAUAAAUACACACAAAAAACCAUGUUAAAAGGGCGCAACACGAUUAUCCACGUUUGUGAUGGUCUAAUUUCUAAUAUGAAGGAUGAAUUGUCGGGUAUGUAUUGUUAUUGUAUCAAUUGUCGCGGGGAUUAA